GUUACUGUUGGUUAUAAUUGAAUUUAAAUAGUUAUUGUUAGCAGUUCUUCCCAGAAUUCUAUAUACAUUGUUAGAACAAUUUGUUGUGCUUUCUAUGGGUCCUAAAUUACGUUUAUACGGAAUUUUUCGUGUCUGCACUGCCACUUUUUCCUGACUACUUCCUUUAGUAAUUGCACCAAUACUUUUGAAAUGUGACAUCAAUAUAAGCGAACCUUGUAAUUAGGUAAUCAAUGCUACGUUUGUUGCUUGAUUAAUGCCAUAAUUUGUUGAAUGCCAAUAAGACAGUUAAGCAAUUGGAAUAAUUUUCAACAAACCUGAAAUGCAAUAUAAACAAUUACCGUACACGAACAAUGUAAAAUCUCCAAAAUGGAAUUGUUUAAAUUUAUAUUAUUAAAACUUUGAUCUAUAAUGUUGGCUUUACGUUCAUUACUUUCAAAAAUUGUGAUUUUUUACAGUGAAAAGUAAUUAUUUUUGAAAAGAAUACGUAAAAUGGAUAUGAAAAGUCUAUACUGCGACGAAGCAUCUUCAGAUGUCACAAUUCUAUGCAAUUCCUCAGGAUACAAGAAGACUUUCUUAGCUCACAGCGUGGUUCUAUACAGUUGCAGUAAGAUUUUCAAACAGGUUCUAAACGAAAAAAAGGAAAUUGAUAUGUCAAGUAACCAAAUAUCUACAGUAGCACAGUUACUCAGAUAUAUUUACAUGGGAAAAGUCACAAUUCGAGACUGGAAACAAGCUUUAGACCUUUUAGAUCUAUGUAAUAAAUAUAAUAUAUUAAAUCUUUCAAAAAAGUGCUUGUUGUACCUUCAAAAGAAUCUGAGUCUCAACAACAUUCUUCGUAUCUUUGAUUACGCGUGUUUAAAUAAAGAAAAAGAUUUGCAAGCAAAAUGCUUACAGUAUAUCAAAUUCUAUGCUAUAAUUUUGCUAUAUUUUGAAGAUUUUGUACAUUUGGAUAUGAAAUCCGUGAUUGCCAUAGUAUCACUCGAUGAACUGAAUAUCAGAAGCGAGACAGAUUUAUUCUGGGCUGCUUGGAAGUGGGGUAAAGAAAGUUGUCUUAAAGAAGGUCUAUGUUGCAAAUCGAAGAAUAUAAUUCAACAGAUUCGUCCAAUUCUUCCAUUUAUACGUUUCAAUCAAAUAAACGAAAGAGAAAAGAAAGAUUUGCCGAAAUUCAUAACCAGAAUGUCAGAACAUCAGCAAGAACUUUAUGAAAAGAGGCAAACAGAUGUAUCAAAUCCUGAUAUUUUGGCUAUGAAUCAGUUUGGAUUGGAGAUAACAUUAGACGGUUCCUUUGAUUAUCGAAAGAUUGCCACAUUAGAUAAAGAACUUCAUAUGAUGGUAUUCUCAAUUGAUAAAUCUGGUUUCAUUUUGGGUUUAAAGCUGAGAUUAUGUGGUGAAAAUUUUCAUGAUUCAGGAUUUUGUUUGAAGUUAAUAUCUGUUAACAAUCAAGAAGUAGUUUUAAAAGAGUUUUACGAAAUCGUUGAUGGUAAAACAAUGCACGUUGAUGAACGUACAAAAACUGUAGAAUUAAUAAUUGCAUUGAAGAAGUUAGUUUAUGUCGUCUCUGAUGAACCUUACGAAUUGAUCAUGAAUGGAAAUAAGAACACCAUUUGGUUACCAACAAUGAAAGACUUGAACAAAUCUCACGAUGUUAAUGGGUGUUUACAUUUCUCAUUUUAUUCCAAUGUAAUUGGAAUUCAAACAAUAUACUUCACUGAAGUUGAUGAUAGUCCACUGAUCUUCUCAUUUCAUUCGUAGAUUUUGAAAAUAAAAGACAUUUUACAAGUCAUUCUUCGAAUAGUUAUUUAAAUAAAACUAAAAGAGGAAUCUGACUCCAAUCUUCAUAAUUUAAUAUAAGUAAUUCAAACGGGAUGUACUUUUCUGUACUUUUCUCAUU